UAAAUUUAAUGCACGAAUCUGAGGAGAUGUUCACAAGAUUGAUAUCAAGAUUUGGAGUAAAAGUUUUAGAAAAGAAAAAAGAGAAGGAAUUUUUGAAAUAUUUAGGUGGAAAAGGUGAAUAGAAGCCAGUAUAAAUAGAAGGGGAAAAGAAAGAUAAAGAUUUGCCAGAUUUAAGCAAAUUAAGUAAAUAUAUAAAAAAAGGAAAAUAGGUAGUGAGGAAGUAUUAAAAUUAAAGAGAGAUGCAUCUAAGAUGCCUGAAUCAUAUUAACCAAAAUAUGUAGAAAGUUUUUGGUAUAAAUAUUGGGAAGAGAAGAAAUAUUUCCAUGUGAGUGCAGAGGAAGGUUUAAAGAAUGAUAAGAGAUACAUAAUGGUAUUACCACCACCAAAGUAAAUAAAAAGUUAAUUAAAAAUAGUGUGACAGGAUAUUUACAUUUGGGACAUGGUUUAACAUCAGCAAUAGAAGAUUCAUUAACAAGAAUUCAUAGAUAGAGAGGAUAUGCAACAUGUUAUUUACCAGGAACAGAUCAUGCAGGAAUAGCUACAUAGACAGUGGUUGAGAAAUCAUUAGCAAAAUAAGGAUUAAAUAAAUGGGAGAUGGGUAGAGAGUAAUUUUUAGAGAAGGUUUGGGAAUGGAAAGAAAAGUAAUAUAUAAAAAUAAUUAUAAAAAUAGACAUGGCGCAUAGAUAUUAGAAUAAUUGAGAAGAGUUGGUAGUUCAUUAGAUUGGGAUAGAUAUCAUUUUACAAUGGAUGAAUAAUUAAAGAAGUAAAUAUUAUAUAAAUAUAUAAAUAUAGAGCUGUAACAGAAGCAUUUGUAUUGUUAUAUGAGAAAGGAUUAAUAUAUAGAGCUACAAGAUUAGUUAAUUGGUCAUGCUAAUUAAAAACAGCAAUAUCAGAUAUUGAAGUUAAUUAUGAGGAUAUUAAAGCACCGACUAAAUUAUAAGUGCCAGGACAUAAAGAACCAGUUGAGUUUGGAUGGUUGACUCAUUUUGCAUAUAAGGUUAAAGAUUCUAAUGAAGAAUUAAUCGUGGCUACAACACGUUUAGAAACUAUGUUAGGAGAUACAGCUGUUGCAGUUAAUUCUAAAGACUAAAGAUAUUCACAUUUAAUAGGUAAGGAGUUGAUACAUCCUUUUUGUGAUCGACUUAUUAAAGUUAUUGCAGAUGAUUAAUUAGUUGAUAUGACAUUUGGUACAGGUGCUGUUAAAGUUACACCUGCACACGAUCCUAAUGAUUAUGAAUGUGGAUUAAGAAAUAAAUUAGAAUUUAUAUCUAUCUUCGAUGAAGACGGUAAAAUCAACUAAUAAGGAGGUAAAUAUGCUGGAAUGAUGAGAUUUGAAUGUCGUCGUUAAAUGGAAGAAGAUAUGAAAUAAUUAGGAAUCUAUAGAGAUAAAAAACCUAAUCAAAUGAGAUUAGGAUUAUGCUCAAGAAGUAAAGAUGUUAUUGAACCUAUGAUUAAACCUUAAUGGUAUGUUAAUUGCUAAAAUAUCAAAUAAAGAAUGAUUGAUGUUGUUAAAAAUAAAGAACUUAUUUUGAUUCCAUCUGACUAUGAAAAUGAAUGGUUUAGAUGGAUGGAAGGAUUGAGAGAUUGGUGUAUAAGUAGAUAAAUAUGGUGGGGUCAUAGAUGUCCUGCUUAUUUAGUAAGUAUCAAUGGUAGUUAACCUGAUUCUAGUAAUUAAGACAAUUGGAUUGUGGCUAGAUCAGAAGAAGAAGCUUUACAAAAGGCUAUUACAAAAUAUAAUGUCCCUGCAGAUUAAAUAAAAUUGUCAUAAGAUGAAGAUGUGUUAGAUACUUGGUUUUCUUCUGGAUUAUUCCCAUUCUCAACAUUUGGAUGGCCUAAUACAGAAGAUCCAGAUUUCAAAGCCUUUUUCCCUAAUACUAUUCUAGAAACUGGUUGGGAUAUCUUAUUUUUCUGGGUUGCAAAGAUGGUUUAGUUUUCUCUAGAAUUCUUUGAUAAAGUUCCAUUCAAAUAUGUUUUCCUUCAUCCUUUAAUAAGAGAUAAGGAUGGAAAGAAGAUGUCUAAGAGUCUUGGUAAUGUUAUUGAUCCUCUUGAAAUAAUUGAUGGAACUUCUUUAGAUAAUUUAAUACAAAAAAUAAAGGAAGGAAAUUUAUCUUAAGAAGAAGUUGAAAGGGCUAUUGAUUAAAAAAAAAAAGAAUUUCCUAAUGGAAUUCCAGAAUGUGGUGGAGAUGCAUUAAGAUUUGGUUUAUUAAGUUAUUUGUAAAAGACUCCAAAUAUCAAUAUGGAUGUGAAACAUAUAAUUGGAUAUAGACAAUUUUGUAAUAAGAUUUGGAAUAGUUGUAGAUUUGCAUUUCCUAAAUUUUCUUAAGAUAUAAAUUAUGUGUAAUUAGAUUUCAAUAAUUUAUAAUUAAUCAAUAAAUGGAUUUUAAUAAAACUUAAUCAAGCCAUAACUGAUGUAAAUGCUGCAUUUGAUGAUUAUGAAUUUGGUUAAGCAACAUAAAGUUUCCAUUAAUUUUGGCUUUAUGUUUUUUGUGAUAUUUAUUUAGAAGGAAUAAAAAAUAUUUUAAGUGAUAAAAAUGAAGAUUAAAAAACAAAAGUAGAAACUCAAAAUACUUUAUUGACAAUUUUAGAUUAAGGUUUAAGAUUACUUCAUCCAAUGAUGCCUUAUUUAUCUGAAGAAUUAUGGUAGAAAUUACCAUUCUAAAAAGAAGAUUCAUUAAUAAUAGCUAAAUAUCCAUAAUCUAAUCCUUAAUGGAUUAAUAAUGAUGUGGAAUAAUAAUUUGAUUUAAUAUUAAAUGUUUCAAAGAGAAUAAGAUAAAUUAUUAGUAAGAGUGAAUUACCUCCAAAUAAGAGACCUGAUGUAUUCACAUUAAAUUUGGUUGGAGAUAAAUCUUUAGAUGAUGUAAUUUAAUAAUAAACUGAUAUCAUUUGUUUAUUAGCCAGAAUAAAAUCAGUAAUAUAUUUUUUAAGAUAUUAUAGAUUACAUCGAUUGCUUAAGAAACUGAAGAACACAAAUAAUGUGGAGUUGAUACUUUAGAUGCAAAAAUUAAGAUUUUUGUUAAUUUGAAAGAUAACAUUGAUCUAAAAAAAGAAGUAUAUUUAAUUUAUAAAUUUAUUUAGAAUGAUAGAUUAGUUAAGAAAUUAAAUGAAUUGAUUAAAUUGAUAGAUGGACUUUAAGAUAAAAUGAAUUAAUUUAAUGAGAAAACAAAUGAAAAUGCAAAGAAAGUACUUAUAGAGAAAAUGGAAAAAUAUUAAUAAGAAAAGUUAUUGACAGAAUAAUAAAUUGAAAGUCUUAAAAAAUGAG